AUGCAUGAUACAAGUCAUCCUUAUCACCAACAACUUUCAAAUUUAGAUCAACGGUGUUCCGCUUCACCCUUCAGACGGAUUAACAGCGCCUUAAUCGGUUGUAGUAACUGUUCCUUCAUGUUUGGUCACAUCUUCUGGCUGGAGUUUUCAGUCAUAAUCUUAAUUUUUGACCCGGCGACAUUUGCGGAACAAAAUCAUGAAGAUCAUGACCUAGAGACAGAAAGAACAGCGAACGCCACCAAUACUUUGAAUUUACUGUUAAAUAGCCAUGACAAGAGACUGAGACCAAAGUUUGGAGGAAGGCCAGUAACCGUCUACGUUGACUUAUACAUUGUUGAUAUUGGUGACAUUUCGGUGACCAAUAUGGAUUAUAGAAUGACAAUGUAUUUUCGUCAAACAUGGGAGGAUCCUCGGCUCAGAUUCAAUGGCACCUCUCAGAUUGUGGCUCAAGGAGACCUACUGGACAAAAUUUGGAUCCCAGACACUUAUUUUAAUAGUGAAAAGAGGUCAAAUUUCCACGAGAUCACUAAGAAAAAUUAUGUGUUGAUAUUUUGGCCCAAUGGAACAGUAUUCUUUAGUAUAAGGAUUUCAGUCACUGGUGUUUGUCGAAUGAAGCUACGCAAGUACCCCAUGGACAGUCAAAAGUGUGAACUGAACAUCGUGAGCUAUUCUUACUCAGAGGCUGAUGCCAUAUACACGUGGAAAAGGGGUCACGAGCAUUCAAUAGAACAAGCUCCUGAUAUCUCCCUCCCACAGAUGGAUUUAGUGAAAAUCCAAAGUUCGGAGACAACAGAUGUGUACUCCACAGGGAACUAUUCAAGACUUAGUUUGACGUUUACUUUUAAGAGGAGACUAAGUUUGUUUAUAACGGAGACGUACAUCCCAUCUAUUAUAAUUGUGGCCUUGUCCUGGAUAUCGUUUUGGAUAAACUACAAGGCAGCGCCUGCAAGAGUUGCGCUCUGUAUCACAACGGUCCUUACCAUGAUAACUCUUACCGCAGCAGUUCAGAAUUCUCUGCCUCGAGUAACUUACACAAAGUACAGUGAUUGGAUACUGAUGCUGUGUCUAGUGUAUGUAUUUGGCGCCCUGGUUGAAUUUGCCAUCAUCAACUUCCAUGAUAGCUUGGAGGCGAGAAAGAAAGAUAAACUGAACAGGAAACUUAGGAAUGUUGACGUGGAAAAAGGGAGUGACUCAGGUGAUGGAGAAGGCGGUGAUCUCAAGACGAAAUACUUGCAGCGUCAACUGUCUUCUUUGCGGGAGAAAAUUAAGUUAUUUGGGGAGCUAGACGUCAAUGUACAAAGGAUUGACAGCCGCAGUAGAAUAUUGUUUCCAUUGACAUUUCUUAUGAUCAACCUAAUGCUUUGGAUUUACUUCGUUAUCGAUUCUGCCGAAGACUAAUGGUAAAUUACGGAUUUAAGUACAGAACACGGUGGAAAAUACUGCAUUAGAAACACUGGACUGUCAUGGAAUAGAACAUAUAGAAACAUUUGGGGGACUAUGCACACUUCUUGGUGUGAUAAGUGAAGAUAUUUUUUGGACCAUGCUGGAAAUGGCGAUGAAAAAUAUACAAUUGCAAAGGCUUUGUGAUUCGAACUUUUUUUUCCUAUUUUUUUGUUGGAUAUUCCAUCAGCCUUUCGGUAUGUUGCACUAGGAGUAAGCAAAGAAUGUGAGUGAAAAUAAAAUGGAACAAAGAACACGAGACGUGUGUUUUGACAGCUCUUUUGGAAAAGUUAGGAAAGUUUUACAAAGUCUACUCGGCCAAACCUUGAACUUCUGUUUAUUGUCGGUCAGCUUAGCAAGAAUCGUUUUUGUAUUCCUCAGAUUCUAGCGAUCGUGAAACAACGAAACAAUACAGGUCAAAUUUAAAUUAUGGAGACUAGAAUAAUGUCAUCCAGUAGUGUUAAGGGCAAUAAAGAAAAGUC